AUGGCUGCCCCGCCCAUAAUUCCGCCUAUGGAAAGCACCGAUAGCUUCAACCCCGACCUAAACAACGCAUCGUCCCCUACCCAGGACGGUGCCCAACAUUCGCCCAUUGAAGAUGCAACUCCCGCAUCGCCCGAACAACGGACUGCGCCUCACGAUGCGCAAACGCAGCAGCGCGUCCACGAUAUCCUGCACUCUGAUGUGGGCGUUUCGACCCUUCUCAACCGCCUAAAGGCUAGCAUCGCGAGCGCCAGAGACUUCGCCAGCUUCCUCAAGCGCCGAGGAGCCUUAGAAGAGGAGCAUGCCGGUAGCCUCAAGAAGCUGAGCCGCUUGACCCUCGAUGGCGUACGAAAGCCCGAUACGCGGCACGAGAGCUAUCAGACGCAGUUCGAGCAGGUUCUCCACGCGAACGAGCGCAUCGCCGACAAUGGCACCCAGUUUGGCCUUGCUCUGCACGCCAUGCAUGAGAAUCUGCUGCAACUAGCCAACAAGAUGGAUACGAGCCGCAAGACGUGGAAGCAGCAGGGUCUCUCCGCAGAGAACAAAGUGCAAGACGCCGAACGGCUGGCCGAGAAGGCCAAGGCCAAGUACGACCAGCUUGCUGAAGACCUUGAUCGCGUCAAGACAGGCGAUACUGGCGCAGGCCGAAAGUUUGGCUUAAAAGGACCCAAGUCGGCCGCUCAGCACGAGGAGGACCUGCAGCGCAAGACACAGGCGGCAGACCAGGACUAUGCCAGCAAGGUGCAGACGGCCCAGGUCUCUCGCAAAGAGCUCGUCGCGACUCUGCGUCCCCAGGCCGUCACUGCGCUGCUGGAUCUUAUCAAGGAAACCGAUGCCGCGCUCACAAUGGAGAUGCAGAAAUACGCCUCGUUCAACGAAAAGCUCGUCGUCAACAACGGCCAGGUUGUCAGCCCACAGCCGCUGAAAGGCUCAACUGCUCAAACUCCACCCAGCAUCAACCAGUUGAUCUACCAGAUCAACAGCGAGCGGGACUUUGACGAGUACAUCUUGAGCCAUGCAUCUAAAGCACCUAUGGCCAGAUCGGAGCUACAGUAUGUGAAGCACCCAACACAGGCGGCGACACGGUCACAUCCAACACCACCAGCGGCUGCAAGUGGUAACCGUCGUGCCUCUAUGCAGCAGCUGCAGAGUCAGCCGCCGCCCUCAUUCUCCAUGCCACAACCGGACGCGAAUCCUCUGUCGCCCCAGGGCCCUCCUCCUCAUGAGCCAUUACAGCAACCCUCAUUUGGAACUACCUCACAGCCACCGUCUUCAUCACUGCAAACGCAACCAUCGCAGCCCCCAAUACCACACUUUACUGGCUCGCCCUACUCACCUGUCACGCAGAACCCAUACUCCCAGCCAGACUAUCCUCGUGGUCCCGUUGGCCAGGCUACCGCACAGCAAACCAGUGGCGUUCUCUACAAUAACGCUCAACCUCCAGUGAAUCCUGUCUUUGGCGUGACUUUGGAGGACCUUUUCCACCGAGAUGGCUCCCCUGUACCCAUGGUGGUUUACCAGUGUAUACAGGCCGUGGAUCUAUACGGAUUAGAGGUAGAGGGUAUCUAUCGUAUCCCUGGGACUUCGUCACACAUUCAGCAGAUGAAAGCUCUUUUCGAUAGUGAUGCUUCCCAGGUGGAUUUCCGUAACCCAGAAGCCUUCCAACAUGACGUGAACAGUGUGGCUGGAUUGCUGAAACAAUUCUUCCGCGAGCUUCCUGACCCAUUGCUUACUCGCGAGUUCUACGGCAAGUACAUCGAUGCUGCACGUAUCGAUGACGAGACCAUGCGCCGAGACUCCAUGCACGCGCUGAUCAAUGCCUUGCCUGAUCCGAACUAUGCGACGCUUCGUGCCCUGGUUCUGCAUUUACAUCGUGUGCAGCAAUCUUCUGAAGUUAAUCGUAUGAGCACUGCAAACUUGGGCAUCUGCUGGGCGCCAUCCAUAAUGGGACCUCACAAAGGCAACAACAUGGCCGACGCCGGCCUCCAAGCCCGCGUUAUCAUAACUAUUCUGGACAACGUACUACAGAUAUUUGACGAGGAUUAA